UGAGGAUACUGGUCUCGAGACUUUCAUUUACUCACACCCGGGUGGACUCACUGAGGACUUUACUAACAAGCCGGAUGUCUCUCUCGGAGAUCACCCCCACGCUGUUCCUGAGCGGCGCCGAUGGGUCCCUGAACCAGCCGCUGCUCCGCCGCAAGUGCAUCACGCUCAUCGUCAACGCCACCGUCACGCACCCGUGCGCCGCCUACCCGGGCGUGGAGUGCGUCCGCGUGGCCGUCUGCGACCUGCCCACCGCCCGGCUGGCCGACCACUUUGAGCGGGUGGCCGAGCGUAUCCACGGCAACAAAACGGGCGGCACGUUGGUGCACUGUGUGGCGGGCAUGAGCCGCUCGCCGGCGCUGGUCAUGGCCUACCUGAUGCGUUACCGCGGCGCCACGCUGCGGCGGGCGCACGCCUGGGUGCGCGAGAGCCGGCCGUGCGUGCGCCUCAACGCGGGCUUCUGGGAGCAGCUGCUGCGCUACGAGCGUCGGCUGUACGGGGAGAACACGGUGAGGGUGCUGGCCCCGCUGGACGACAGGGCUCCGCCGCCGCCGCCGCCGGCCACCCCGAGGCCGACGCGGUCGCGGCGGGAGGCGGCGCCGACCUACGGGCCGCCCCGGGCCGGCCCGGUUCUGGCCAGACCGCAGAGGAGGACGGACGCCAGCAAGUCGACGCGUGGCGGCGGCGCUAGGAACCCUCAGGUGUUGAACAGGUUCAUAACGACGUUGUGAACCUGUCCGUCACCUGAGGCCCGGGCUGGGAGCCCGGAGCUGAAGUGCGGACGAUGACUCCGGGCCGUGUCCGGGUGGACUCCAAGGGAACACGUGGUCUGGGUCUUUGGGAGGGGGGGGGAGGUCCUACACACUCGGAGGAUGUGUUGUAGCCAGCGGCGAAAGCGUCGUCGGGGUGACGCAGAAUAGCAGCCAGCAUUCGCAUGGCGGUGCCAUCAGGUUGUAGGGGGGUGCGCGGGGGAGUUGGGCUUAUGGGGAGGGGCGGGGGGGAUUUUCCCCUUACUUGUGGUACCAUAAACACAUCCUGCCUAUCCAAGGCCAGAGAAAAACAACCGGUUACCUGACUGUGCUGGUUAAUAUGUCUUUAUUGUAACUUUUAUUUUGAGCAAAUACGAAUAUAGGGGAUAAAUUGUAAAGUAUGAAAUGGCAUUGUUCAGGUUUCUGUGGAUCGCGUUCGCUACUAAUGUUCAGGGAGACAUGCAUCAUAUAGCAGUGUAAUUUUGGAUGAAAUUAUAUUUGGUGAAUGAAUCUAGCAAUAGAAAUCGAAUACACUUUGAAAAAUACCUAUAUAUAUUGUGGCAACCCACUACACCAAUGAGCCGGGUUCCAGGUAUGAAUCACACGUUUUCGAGGUAUAAGCCGCACUCAGCAUUUAUUGCAUACAAUUUAGCUAAUAUAAUCGCGGUCUCUAGGGCCUCCGUGAGCCUCUAGCCGCUCGCGGACCCGAGCGCUUCUCAGCUGCCUCUCGCUCCUGGUCUUCCCCAAAUGUCAGUCCUCCUGCUCCUUUUAAAAUGGCUCCUCUGCCUCCGGCCAGGUGUCCCCCAAUCUCGCUGAUUGGGGAGAGAGUGAUGCUCUUCGUCGCCACUCAGUGGGUGGCGGCGGUAUACGCCGUCAAUCACCCCACCUCGGACCCGCCCGGGCCGAGGUUUAAGUGGCGGGAUGCCACAAUAUAUAUAUAAUUAUAGUAUUAUCGUCUUGCAAACCCCAUUGGAGUUCGGUCCAAAAAUUACCACUUGCAGUGCCUCCGUUUUACCACUCGGGGGCACCAUAUACAGCGGGAUUGUUCAGCUGGCUUUUAACUAUUGUCAGCAAAUUUCGGCCCGCUGUUACAACUACUUGAACAGGUCUAAAGAUUCUACCCAGGGUUCAGAACUUACGCACAAAUAUUCGUAUUGUAACGUUUUGUGUUGUUUAGUAUAAAUGCUGCUGUUUCUGUGUUGUGUGUAGCAAACAGCCGUCUUUCUUUAAAUCAUGUUCAAAUAAAGAAAUCAAUAUACUCAGU